UAACCUGAAUAAAAUAUAAUCUUUUUUUGUUUAAUAAAUGGAAAAAAAUUCGAGACGACGAACGAUAUAUGAAUGGAAAUUUUGCGGUGUUCCACUUUCCGUCACAGCUACUCGAGCGUUUUGUUCGAGGCGCAGAGAGUGUAACUAUAGCGCUGUUGAACAAAUCCGACUUCAACCCCUUCAAGGCGCAAUGCGCAAUGCACCGCGCAUGUUUCCUGCUUUCUCGCGUUCCGCUCUAACCUACAAACACCUAGGACACCUACAAAUCGCUGUCCGCUUUCUUCGCUCGACGAAAUCGCGAGCCCCGGAGAGGUUAGGUCGCCAGGAGUACGUAGUGGAGUCACCCUCGGCGUGUCGCAGACCAGCACCGAUUCGCACAACGUGGCAGCAAGUUUGGCAAACAGAGUAUCCUAGUGAACGAUGAACAUGGCAGCGAGCGCUGGUCUCACGCGACAUGAGGUCCUGAUGCUGGUAGCGAGAUUGACAUGUGUUGCGGCGAUCGGUUUCUUCAGCAUGAGAUGGCUUAUCAGUCAGCUUGAUCCUACCAGGAGUACCAAGCAAAGAGCCAAGAAGAAGGCUCGGGAGCAGUUACGUAAAUUGGCAGAGAGCGACAGAUACGCGCGAUCCUUUGACAUGGAUCAAUUGACAGACUACGAAAUGAUAAUAGCCAAUCAUCUGGUAGAUCCAAAUGAUAUCAAAGUAUCGUGGAGCAGCAUUGCCGGUCUGGACAGCGUUAUUCAAGAACUCAAGGAGACAGUCAUCCUGCCUAUACAGAGGAAGGAGUUAUUUGAAGAUUCGCAGCUGACUCAAGCGCCCAAGGGAGUACUGCUAUACGGUCCGCCAGGUUGCGGCAAGACUAUGAUCGCCAAGGCUACCGCACGGGAGGCGAAAACACGUUUUAUAAAUCUAGACGUGAGCAUCUUGACUGAUAAGUGGUACGGGGAAAGCCAGAAGCUGGCCGCCGCUGUCUUCUCAUUGGCAGUGAAACUGCAGCCUUGCAUUAUUUUCGUUGAUGAGAUAGAUUCGUUUUUGAGAUCGCGCAAUUCACAGGAUCACGAGGCCACGGCAAUGAUGAAGGCCCAGUUCAUGUCGUUGUGGGAUGGCUUGAUAACCGAUCCUGACUGUACCGUGAUUAUAAUGGGAGCCACCAAUAGGCCACAGGAUUUAGAUAAAGCGAUUCUGCGCCGUAUGCCAGCGACUUUCCAUGUUGGAUUGCCGAAUGAGCAACAGCGGUUGAAAGUUUUGCAAUUGAUAUUGAAAAACGAGCCAACCGCAGACAACGUCGAAAUGGGGACGUUGGCGAAACAUACCGAAGGCUUUUCUGGAUCUGAUUUACAAGAACUUUGUCGGAACGCAUCUAUAUAUCGUAUUAGAGAUUACUUAUAUUCACACGACGGGCUGAAGUACGAGAACAAUACAGACGAUGAAUAUGACGAAGAAUUUCAUGAUACCGUGCGGCCCAUUACGAUGGAGGACUUACUCAAAUCAUUCAGGAAAAUGAGAACGUCAAAACUACACACAGGAACGCUCAGUACAAGGCAGCUGGAUCUAGAUUAAGGAAAGAAAUUUAUCCUCUGUUAAUCGCUGUCUGUGACUGUUUUUUUUUUUUUACACUUCUUCGGGUGUUACGUAAAUUUUACGACGACGAUGACAGUGAUAUUCUGCUUCAUCAUGAAACUAUAAUCUUCGAUGCUGUUGGAAGUGGUUUACUUGUAAACGAUUUAAAAAUUUUUAUGAAUGCAUUAUGCUGUUGAAGUAGCCCAAAUAGAAUCGUCGAGCGAAGUGUUUACAAUUCCAUAGUAAAAGACAUCAUAGGAAAAAAUUUUAUGAUAAAGUAAAAUGGAAUUUUUCUGGAUAUAUUAUAUUAAACAUCAAUGAGAGACAAUGAAUGACAAGGGCGUCAUUCAAUUCUAUUAUGUUAAAAUUUUUAUUUUAUCUUAUUUAGUUUCUUUUGCAGAAAAUAUAAUUUAUUGUAAUUCU